AUGUCGUAUCCCAUUCCAUCCCUCCCUUCUCCAGAGGAAGGACAGGAUAAAGAGAACAUGAAAUUCACCUUACCUCCCAUUCGUGAUAUCCACGCUACUCCCAAGACCACCACCCAAUUACCUCCAACACCAUCAACGAUCCCACCGUUACACGCCAGACAAGAUCCCAACCUCGUCACGCCCGUUCAGCCCCGGAUGCGCCAGCCUUUGCAAUCCAUCUCUUCUCAAUCGAACGGGUCAAUGAUGGGUCAUCCGAUAUUCACCGCUCCUCAAUCUCACAUGAUGAUGACUCCUCAGACCAACGGGGCGUCUUCUCAUCAUCAGAAAAACGGUCAACCUCUUUCCUCUGCUCUGGCCUUUGAGGAGAAGCAUCAUCAGAACGAGAACGGUUCUCAUCCUCAGUCCCGUUUACAUCAGACUCCUUGUCCUCGUCCGUCCGGCUCAAUCGCUCUAUCAUCCUCGGGCAGAAAAAAGGUUCAUCCUCCUAACGGUACCCCUCUUGAUACUCCCAUCAACAACACCUUCAACGUUGGGUACUCCAACGCGUCUAACAUCACUCCGAUGCGCACACCCGUCUCAACAUUACCAGCGCGUACUAUGGGAGGAUCCAUCUCAACCCCCACCUUACCUAUGAACUCUUUACCCAAGACUGGAUCUUACACUAUCUCUAACAGGUCAGCCGCUAGUACAAGGUACUCACCAUCUGUCGAUUCCCAUCGAUCGUCUUCCCUCCCUCGCUCUGGGACUAGAGGUCGUACGCACAUGUCCUUCUCUCCUUCACCCACUCCUGCGUCUCCUACUCCAAUCGAUCUUUCAGGAAUCCAACCUCCCGCCCCAUUCCCUGGCGCAUACCCUACCGCAUAUACACGUAAAGAUCCAGUUCCUUCCGAGGAGGGUGAACCGGAAUCAGAGAACAAGAGGAGUGGACGUCAAGGUGCUCCUAGCUGGAAUCCUUGGGAUUAUGUUCUUGGUGAGGUGCCCGGAGGAGAGCAGGGACCGAAUCAAACUCCGGUAAAGGACACUGAUGAUGGCAAAGGGAACAAGAUCAGAAGGAGAUUCACCAAGAGAGAGUUGGAAGCGUUGGAGGUACUCUGGAGCAUCUCGAAGAGUCCUAGCAAGUAUGAGAGACAGCGAUUAGGAGCUUGGUUGGGUGUCAAGACGAAGCAUAUCACAGUUUGGUUCCAAAACCGAAGACAAGAGGAGAAACGAUACCUCCGCGAAGGUGCUCCUGUCGAACCUCCCCCUCCAUCCCGAUCCAACCGAGGCACAUUCGAUCCCGUCACAGGAAAAUGGCGACCAGUGCCUCUCUCUUGUAUAUCCGGCCUUCAACCUCCUCCCGAAGAGAAGUCCGCUGUGGUACGAUCCAUCAGCGUUGGUGAUCUUACUCGAGACAUGUUCUUUGCUCAACAUCCUGAGUUAGAAGCUCAUUUACCCACUCCUACUCCCUCUUCUUCCGGUAGAAGGUACACCACUCAAGGCGCUAUCACCCCUCUUCCCAAGAGAGCCAAUAGCAGAUCUCUCGACGAGAUCCUCCAAGCGAGAGAGAGCGGAUUCGGAGAUAAUAAGAAGCGAUCUUACCAACGAACUCCCGGAGAAGGUAUGAUACAAGGGGAAGGACAAGAAAGGAUAAGAGAGAUACUUGCUCUCAUGCCUAGCGAUCCUCCAUCCAUGGAUCUGUCCGAGCUCGCUGGCGAUGACGAGAGUGAAGAGGUAGAUGAGGAGGAGGAUGAGACCCCUAAACGAAAACCUUUGGGUAAUAGUGGUGGACCAAUGGGUCUAGACAGGAUGCUAAACGCUCCUACGAACACUUUGGGACGUGCUACCUCCCUCGACAUCCUUGCCUCUGUACCAAGAACCAAAGGCAAGUACUGGUCGUCCAAGCCUGGCAACAACGGCGGUCCUCUUCAACCUCGAUCAAUCAAAGGAUCUUCCAGCGGUGUGCUUGGAUCUAUCAACCCAAAUAUCCCUUCCGAGAAUCGACAAAGCACUCCUCUCGGUAAAACCCCUCUCAAACAUUCUUUACCUCUCACCUCGCAAGCCGCCUCUAAACGAGCUCGACUCGAUGGUGGUCGUCAUCGACCUGCCACUUCAUUCAGACACAAGGAUUCAUUCUCCCGAUCUCAAAGUGCUGCUGUCCUUGAGACCCCCUUGGCACGUAAGGACACCAACGAUAAAGAGGAAGAAGGAAGUGAGAUGAAGACGCCAGGUUUCGCGAGAAGUUUUUCAUUCUCAUCGACUAUGAGCGAGGGAGUAGCCAUCACACCUGAUAAUGCCGUUUUGGCCAGGAAACAACGUGGGAACGAUAAGAAGGAAGAGAAAGAUGCUGAAGUGUUAGGUGCUGCUGAGAAAUUGUUGGAACUUCUUGGAGGGACCAAAUGA